UGUGUGUGUGUGUAUAUUCCACAAUACCCAGUUUCUCUUGCAGUUGUAUAUUCUUCUUUCUAUUUCCUUUAUCACAGUUUGAUUUUAACCUCCCAGUAUAAUGGCUGUCUCUGCUUUGACAUCACCAAACAAUACCAAACAAGCUGAGGAUGACAAGUCCAUAACUUUCGAUGAUCAAAACCUUCUGCAAAAGCACGUUGCAUUUUUCGACAGAAAUCAUGACGGCAUCAUCUAUCCAUGGGAGACCUUUGAUGGAUUUCGUGCAAUUGGUUGUGGAAUGUUCUUAUCAACAAUUGCUUCUAUUUUCAUCAAUGUGGGACUUAGUGGGAAAACUCGUCCUGGGAAAUAUUUUUCACCACUUUUUCCAAUAGAGGUAAAGAACGUUCACAUGGGUAAACAUGGAAGUGACUCGGGCAUCUAUGAUAGUGAAGGGAGAUUUGUUCCAGAAAAAUUUGAAGAAAUUUUUACCAAACAUGCUCGAACCCAUCACGGAGCUCUAACAUCUGAUGAAUUAAUGACAAUGCUGAGGGCUAACAGAGAAUCCAAUGACUUUAAAGGAUGGGUAGCUAGCUUUGCAGAAUGGAAAAUGUUAUACUAUCUUUGCAAGGACAUGCAUGGAUUGUUGCAUAGAGAAACCAUUAAAGCAGCCUAUGAUGGAACUCUCUUUCAUCGCUUGGAGAAGGAAAGGAGAUUAGCCUUUGAAGCCAAAAAUGUUAUUUAGUUGGGUUCGAAUGUACCAACGAAGGAGGAUGUUGCAGAAGCAUCUUGAUAAUGAUGGAGCUCUCCUGGUUAAUGUUAGAAUUUUUUUUCCUAUUUUUUUUUUUUUUUUUUUACUUUCAAGAUAAUAAUUAUCCAUUAAUUACUUGUAUGGUUAAACAUACAAGAAGUUUAUGUUCUGUUUAAUGGGCAAAUUAGAGUAGGGCCCUGAUCUAUAAAUA